ACUGGACUAGAAGAAUCUCCCACGGCUCAGACCCAGCUGAGGCCCCGACGGACCGACUGCAGGGGGGGGAGAUACAUUUAAUGAAUGCGUUUCAGCGCCUCAGAGCACUCUGUGCGUCCCCAGGCUGGACUGAGAGGAGGAAAUUAGUCGUCUUGGUCUAAGCCGUAACCAUGGGAACGAAGAUGGAGGUGGCUCAACUGGAGAGCAGGAUGAACGUUGAGGACUACAGGAAGCUGCGGGGCCUCUUCCUCGACCCCUCCGGUGCACCUCGCUCCUUGUCCAGGACCGACUUCAUCAACCUCUCCUGGUCAUCGGUUGGCCGGGGAUCCGGGGAGGAGUACGGCCUCCUGUUUGACAGCGUGCUUGUCACUCGGCAGCAGCGCGGCCUCCGCCCGGACGUCGACGCCGUGAAGGGAGAGGGACGCGUCGACUGGGGAGGCCUGUGUUCUUUUCUGCUGCUGCACCUUUCUGAUAAAGUGAAGAACACCAGGACCAGCAGGGGGCCCCCCUGGAAGCCGCCACGCACUUUGACCUGUCCACACAGACACCCGGUUCAGAAGUUGUUGCACCUGCAGAGUUCAUGUCAGUAUCUGUCCGUGAGUAAAGGGGGAACCGUGGCGGUGUGGGACGCAGAAGACGUGUCCCUGCUCCGCACGCAUCGACUGCAAAACAGCACGGUGUCACCCAAAGACCUCUGGGUCACAGACGUGGUGCUGCUGCGCAACGCGCACAAGAUAGCAGUUUCCUUCACAAGUAAGGAGGUGUGUUUUUAUGACAUUCGAUCAAAACAAGACUUCGAGUGCAAGUAUAAAAUACAGGGUUUGAAGCUUAUUCCCUGGUGUCUAGACUAUUGGGCGGAUCCCUCUAAUCCGGACCACGCUGUCCUCACCAUAGGAGACAACGGUGGACAGGUCAGUGUUUUACAUUUUACCGCAGCUCAGAUCUCUCUGUUUGAGAGUCCGAGGACGGACUCGGACUCCGCAGACAUCAUCCGAUGGGAAGAGCUGAUGGAAGGAAAGCAGCGCUCUUGCUACACGGUGACACACCGAGGGCACGCGCCCGCCAGGGUUAGAAAGGUGCGUUACCUGGACUCGCUGGACGCCGUUGUGUCCUGCAGCACCGCAGCGCAGAGCAGCGUGGCGAUCGGAUGGAGGCAAAAGGAAAGCAGUCUACGAGUCACUUCUUUCAUCACAAAGAGCGGCGUGUGGGACAUGGACCACCACCGGGGACUCAAUCUGAUAGCCACAGCCGGUGUGGAUCACCAGGUCCUGCUGUGGAACCCGUACGUGACAUCGAAGCCGGUCUGCGGGCUGGUGGGGCACGCGGGCCCCGUCACCGCCGUUUGCUUCAUGCAUAACCAGCAGCGGUUGCUCAGCUACUCCAGAGAUAAGCUCAUCUGCUCGUACCCUUUCCAGGUCCUGUGUUUAUGGGAUGUAUCUAGUCAGCUGUGUGUUCGCCGCCUGGCCGGCGUCUUCCCGGAGACGCAGGGGGACGCGCAGACGCUCCUGUUUGUCCACGAGGAGCGUGGGUUCCUCGUGCUCUCCUUCAACAGCCGGCUUCUCCUGUUGGAGGAACAAAGGAAGAGAAGAGGAGCAGCAUCCACCAGCACCCUGUGACCUGUGUGCUGUAUUAUGUGUAUACACACAAGUACAUUCUUGGGAAAAGUAGUUUCACAAUUUGUCCUCAAUGUCAGUUGUUCUGGAGCUUUCAACCAUGUCCAAUACUUUUUAUUUAAGAUGUUUUGAUAACGUUUGUUUAAAGGAUAAGCAGAGCUUUCGUUGGUGUGCUGCUGUCUACCUUUUCUUCUAAAUGAUGUGAAACUAUCAGUGUGUUUACAUGAUGGUAUAAUUCGAAUGUUUGCUUAGUCGGACUAUGCUAUCUUUCGGGGGGAGGUGCUAU